GUUGUAUCGUCGCCGUUCCUGAUAAGUGUGAAUAAAACCUGUACAAGUAUAUUGAAAAAUACGAGAAUCAGUGAAGUGUGCGCGAAAUCCUCAUUGUAGGAAAGUAAAGUGGAAUAUCGAGUGAACGAAAGAAGGAAACGCAGCUUUAGAGCGGUGAUCGAGGUGCGAGUGAAAAGGUGUGGAUUUGCGGUGAUAGUGGUAGCAUGAGUUCGUACUUUGCCAAUCAGUUCGUUACUGACCUUCGCAAUGGCGGGGUCGAGCACCCCCAUCAGCACCAGCAGCACUACGGGGCUGCCGUCCAGGUGCCCCAGCAGACCCAGGGAAUGCAGCAGCAGCCUCAGCAGGCCGCCGACCCCUGUGACCCGAGCCUCCUCAGGCAGGGUGUUCCGGGUCACCACUACGGGGCGACGGCGGGACAGCAGGGCAUGCCGUACCCCAGGUUUCCGCCCUACGACCGAAUGGACAUUCGCAACGCGGCCUACUACCAGCAGCAGCAGGAGCACGCGGGGAUGGACGGCAUGGCCGGUUACAGGUCGUCGUCGCCGAGCUCGGCGAUGGGUGGGCACAUGGGGCACACGCCAACGCCGAACGGACAUCCGUCGACGCCGAUCGUCUACGCGAGCUGCAAGCUCCAGGCGGCCGCCGUCGACCAUCAGGGCGGCGUCCUCGACGGACCCGAUAGCCCCGACCCCCUUGUCGAGUCGCAAAUGCACCAUCAGAUGCACCCCCAGCAUCCCCACAUGCAGGCGCAGCAACCUCCGAUCCAGCAACAUCAGCAGCACAUGCAGCAGCAGCAGCACAUGAUGUACCAACAACAGCAGCAGGCUGCUCCUCAGCAGCAACAGGCCGCCAUGCACCCCCAGCAACAGCAGCAGCCUCCCCCCCAGCAUCAGGGCGUCGUCACGUCGCCCAUCGGACAGCAGCAGCAAGGAGCACCACAGGGCACCGCAGGUGCCAACCUUCCCAGUCCGCUCUAUCCCUGGAUGAGGAGUCAGUUUGAGAGGAAACGGGGCAGGCAAACGUAUACGCGAUACCAAACAUUGGAGCUCGAGAAGGAGUUCCACUUCAAUCGGUACCUCACGAGGCGGCGACGCAUCGAGAUCGCGCACGCCCUCUGCCUUACCGAGAGGCAGAUAAAAAUCUGGUUCCAAAACAGAAGAAUGAAGUGGAAGAAGGAGAACAAGACGAAGGGUGAGCCAGGUUCGGGCGACGGGGACACGGACAUCUCGCCGCAGACGUCGCCGCAGGGUUGAACCCCGGACCCGGGUGAGCUUCCUACAGAGGUCUCUGCAUCUCUCAGGGUCGCACCUUGUCUUCAGCACUACCUCCUCCCCGAUGACCUCCAAAAUGACCCCCACCCCCACCCCCACACACAGCAAUGACGCUUAUCUUGUCGUGUUAAUCAAGUUGCUCGUACCAAAAAAUGAUGUUGUAGAGAAAUGACAGAGUUGUAU